GUCUUCAGCGCGGAGGUUUCAAACGUGUGUCCUACUUCCGUCUUGAUUUUCAAAAUGAAAACACGAUGCAGCGUCUCCUAUAUUUACUUUCUCUUAUUAUUUUUAUCAUUCUCAUGCACAAGUGACGGCAUGUUUGAAUGGCUCUUUGGAAAGGAGAAGGCCGGCUCAUCAGACAAUGAAGCUGAAAACGGAAAGGAACCAAUAAUCCGGUUUGAAGUACUGUCCUCCGACGAAAAAUUCCUCGACUUUGCAACAACUCUAUCAGAUCUGUCGCCACUGGAUGCUUGCUAUCACGUUGUAAUAUACCAGCUGAAGAAACAAUGUGGAGAACUAUCAGAAGAGGAGCUGGGAAAACUGUCAGUAAAGCUGCUAAACUGUCAGUCAGAAGUGGAGCAUCGCCCUAUCUUCAAAUGUUCAAACAGCAUGACACUGGCAGAGUGUACCAAAGAUAUGGAUGCUGUGACAUGGAACACAUACCAGAUUGUAGGCAAUCGAGCCCGAGCUAUGUGUUAUGCUACUCAACAGCUCCAGUUUCGGCGUCUAACAGAAAAAUCUGUCAAUCAGUUGGCAGCAGCAACUGUUACUCAACUAGAAGCUAUGGAAGAACUUAAAAAUGGGCAAGAACAUUUGCACACCAUUACCUCAGAGACUGUAAGACGGCUUUUUGAGAGUCAGCAAGAGCUCCUGGUCACACAAGAGAAACUUCGAUCAGGACAAGCUGAUGUUUUUGCAUCUGUUGCUGACAAUCUCAUGCAGCUUCAGCAAGAGAAAUCCCUCAUUGCUUCUGGCAACCAGCAACUGGCCCAGCUGGCUGAGAAGAUACGUAAUGAACUCAAUUCAACAGCACAGUUAAUCAAGAAACAAGGAGCUGCACAGCAGUUAAAAAAUGAGGACAUCUUACGGGAUCUGAAACUGAUCCACUCACAAGCAUCUGAUGCUUUGGCUCGUCUAGAUGCCAGUAGCCAUCGUUUGCUGUCCCAUCAUAAGAUCCUACAAAAACAGCAAAAAGCAGUGUUUGCCAAUCUUCAAAGGAUCAACUCAUCUGUUACAUAUGUCUUGGAAGCUGUGAGCAAUUUCCAGAGCAAGAUGGAAAACCGCAUUGCAUGGAUCACACAACUGAUUGGUGGUGCAGAUGACAAGCUGGACAUUCUUCAGUGCUGUGUACUGCACAUAGCAUAUUUAUUACUGAUGAUGAUUACUGCUGCAUUCUUACAUACACCUCUGGUUGGUCGUGUGGUGCUCAUAAUGGUGGUGUUGUCUAACAUGGCAGCACAUUUGGUCCACAACAGCAGCUUGGACUUUGCAGGGCUAACAGCUCUCGUGGCAUCUGUAAUGAUGAGUUUGUGGCUCCUUCGGUUUUUAAAAACAGUUGGUCAUCAGAGAAAUAGAGGCAUUGUUGGAGCACUUGUUGCACGAGAGUCAUGUCCCUUGACGCCAACAGAAGUGCGUCAGCUGUUAACUACUUUGCAAAGGCUUGCUGAAACAGUGCACGUGAGCCUUGGUACAACAGAAACUUUGGGAAAUGGAAAUGUUCCAAGAGACACAGUGCUGCCCAACACUGCAUUACACCAUGACAGCACCGUGAGAACACCACCUACAGUCCAGAAUAGUCCUGGUCCUUCUGGAGAUGCAUUACAGACGUUAUUGGGCGUGCAGAACAUACUGCGGUCCAGAUUCGCAGCAGGAGAUGGACGUUCUGAACGAUCAUCCAGAGCCUCCACCCCUUCCCACAUUUCUGAUUCUCGCUAUUCACGGAGUUCCACGCCAUCAAUGACAUCUCGUUGUUUGGGACGCACCGUUGCAGGAACCCAGUGUAGAUUAUCUGCUACACCUGGCUCUGAUUACUGCCGACGCCAUUUCCCGGGGUCUUGAAAUCUGCUUCCCUGUGUUCUCAAGUUAGCCAUGUUAAAAGAUAUUGGUUAAAAAAAAAUGGGCAUUAACAUAGAAAUGAUGUCAGCCUUGCAGGCCUGACAACUCCCUUGGUGGUUCUAUGCUUUACUCAUUUUUUUUUUAAUUUGUAAAAAGAAGAUUCAUCAGCUUUCUACCACACUUUUAAUUUUGUUUGUUUGAUGACCAUUCUGUUUUUAAGUUGCCAUCUACUCUCAUCUAACAAGACUGUUUUUUAUCCAAACCUUUGUCUUUGUCACUGUUCUGAAGAUGGAUUGGUCAAGAUGUUUUCAGAGAGAGAGACAGAUGGGAUGUUCUGAAAGACAAUGGUUGUGGUUUUGGAUGUGUGUAUUAAAAGCUGGGUUAACAGAUUUAAGGAAUCCGAGGGAAGAUCGCUGUAUAUAUCUUUUUCCCUGUUGUUUGAUGCUCUUCAUCAACCCUGAAAUGGUUGUCCAAAGAAAAGUGAUAUCCCAGAAGGCUUAAUAUGUUUUGCAGCUUGAUGAAGCUGAUUUUUUUCUUGAUGAAAAUAUAACAUGUCUAUCACAUUAUUACAAUUGUUAAUAGAAAUAUAAAAUGUCUAUCACGUUAUUACAAUUGUUGAUAGAAAUAUAAAAUGUCUAUCAUAUUACUACUGUUGUUAAUGUCAAGUUGUAUCUACGCUUUGUACAUAAUUACAAAUGAUAUACCACAAACUCAGCACUCUCUUCAAUUUGGGAUGGUAAGGUUAUGUGAGCAUUGAAGUAUAUUUGGUCACAAAAUAUGAACAUUAAAGCAGUGUGAUAAUUUUUUUUUUUAUGGAUAUGCAACACAAAAGUUUUAUAUUACCAGUCUGGUAACAGAUAUCACAGAAAAGUAAAAGACAGAUGCUAGUUGUUCUGUUUACUAUUAGCAUCUACCACAAAGAAAUGAUAAUUAUAAAGUCAUUCUUUUUCAUGUAGAUCAGCCAGUGUCAUCUAAGUGUUGUUUCAAAAAGUGUGGCUUCUGUUUUAGCUGUUGGUACUUCUUUGCUAAAUCUGUCCAUUUGAUUUUACUGUGUUUAUGUGCAAAUUGUACAAUGUCUCAUCCAUGUUACUCUAUUUCUUUCCUAUGUCUUGGCCAAAGUGCUUGACUUUUUGCUGAAGCAUUUUCAGGAAGGCUGUUUGGUUCAUGUUGCUUCUCAGAUAAUGUUAUCAAGUAGUUAUAAUGAAACUGGUGAGGGGUAAGGUGCGUGAUGUUUUAAAACUUUUGUCAGCUGUUUGACCCUACUGACAUAAAAAUAAGAGAUCAACACUUGUGCUGUUUGGACCAGACCGCAUGAUAGAGAUUGUAUUUGAGCAAUAACACUAACCACUUGAUCGGGAUCAAGAUAUUAAAUAUUUCAACAGUGUGGCCAGUUGUUAUUGCCAGUGUAAACAUGUGAAAAAGAUGAGAAAGUGCAUGUUGAUAAUGUGUCACAUUUGUUUUAUUUAUGCUGCUUCAUUUAUUGCAGCUCUCAGGAAUGUAAUUUUGAUUUAAAAAAAAAAAAGAAAUUGCACUUAAAGGGCAUUUGAUGCAGUGGAAACUGCAGGCUUUGUGCAUUUGUUAUUUUUUUGUUUUUUUUUAAGAUAGUUUCUCUCAUUGUAAUUUCCACAAAAAAAUGCAUUAGUUGCGACACAAAAACAGGGUUUCAAGUUUUUGUUUACAUUUCUGCUCUGUUGUUGUUGGCUGUCACUUAUGCUGUUAAAGAGACAUCAGCAAUCAAAUGAUCUGAAUUAUAAUGUUUGUAUUUUAUAAAGAUAAGUCAGAAACAUGCCUGGUAUUUUUUCUUUCUUAUCCCAUUUUUAAUAUAGGGUGGUAAGGCGUAGUCUUUUAAUUUCUUUUAUAUUAUAAAUAGAAUCAGUUGAAAAAUAAAGGUUCUCACUAAAUUCAUUAUGGAAGAAUAGUGCAUUGUUUCAUUUAAAUGAAAGGGGCUUCAUGUAACAGCAAAACUACUGAGAUGUGACUAAGACAAUUUCUUUUAAGUUUGUUGUACAAAGCAUGCCAGAAAAUAUUUUCUUGGUGGCUGCUCUUUUAGAGGUCAAAGGCCAAAGAAGACAAAGGACAUAUAGCUCAAAAGGCUGAUGUGAGCUCAUUCUGGAUGAAAUUGAUGUGACUGAUCUAUAGUUAUGAAGAUGUUUGCAUCUAUGGGUGCGAAUUGUUUAGGAUAAGUUUAAAAUGCCAGACGCUGGUAGUCCCUUCAACUUGCUGCAAAAUGCUGCUUCAUAUGGGAAAACUAACAGCUGCUCAGUCUUAGUUCUUGGUCACAUUUGAAAAGAUUUGUUUAAUGUAUGAGUUUAUAAAUCAAGUAUUGGGAAAAGUUCUUAAUGCAUUUUAUUAUUUAAUAUUAAAGAAUACUUGUGCAAAGAAACUUAUAUAUUGUUUUGUAUUUAUUGCUGGUUGCUUUUGAUGAAGUAUUGAUCAUUACAAUGAAUUGUAUGUAUUAUGGCUAAAAGUUGUUCU